CUGGAGUUAAAAAAUAGCAUGCAUGUUAAAAGUUAGUUAGUUCCUUUUUUCCAGACAUGUAAAUAAUUAUUAUAUGAAGGCCUAGUAUCUUAUCGCAGAGUCAAUCAAGAUGACCACACAACGUCAUUAUCUGGCCAGCCCUGAUGACCUAGCCUAUCACCGGUUUUAAACACGGUGUCUACUAUGUAGACUUUAGUAGCCUAUAGAAUGCUUUUAAUCAAAGGAACAUCAUGACGUCACGAGUCAGUAGUAUUUGACUUGAACUCGAACCUAUGCUGCGCAGCUGUGACACACUGUUUUAACUAGCAACAGCAAUGCAGUCGAUUGACACAAUAUGGCUCAUAGUUGCUGUCGUCUUACAGCAAUCCACUGGCAAACACCAUCAGCCAGAGCAUGGGGAACAAACUCCCAAGUUUUCUUGUGCCAUCAAUGAGGAGGUAGUUCCUUUCAGUUUGCCUCAUGGUCCCCUGCAGGACUCUGGCAACGUUACUUUGGAAGUGUCAGUGGGACAGACCAUUCAGGUGGCCUUAGAGAGUAUAUCCAAACAUUCGUGCAACUGGAAUUGGGAAAGCUGUGAUAACUCUGCUAACAAACCAACUGUGUUUGGGCAGCACAGGGAGGGAGCCUUUGUAUUCCAGUUUCAAGCCACUGACAGACAUGCUGGGUUAGCCACCAUCCACUGUCAAAAUGACAUCACGAACACGAGUGUUAAGAUCAGUGUCAAACCGAUCAUGAAGAGGCCUUCCAAACCUGACUUGAGCAUUGUUAAGGGGGCGGAAGGCUGGUCAGCAAAUUUUACGUGUAUGUCAAAGGGAAGCCCUGUCCCAGAAAUAAGAUGGUACAGCGAUGUCCACAAGUCUAAAGUCAUAUCCAAGGACGUAACCUGUCAGUCCACACCCACCAGUAUGGAGAGCAAGCUUGUAAGCUACUCUCAUCAGGAGACAAUGGUGUUGUGUUGUGCUUCAAACCCAUUGGGGGAAGAGUGUUCUCUACUCCACGACUAUGAUCUGGACCACCCUGCCUCCAGCCCUCCUGUCCUGGUGAUCGCUGCUCAGACUCUUCUGCUGCGCUGUAGAUACGAUGGUCCGCGGAGUCAGUUUGACUGGUUUUUCAAUGGAACAAAGGCUGAACACUUUACUGAAAUGACAUCUAAAUACCUGUAUCUGAAUAUCAAUGACUCGUUCACCAGUGCUGAAUUCAUCUGUAAAGCUAGUAAAGCUAAUAAAAUCAGCUCUGCAAAGAUCAACGUUUUGGAGAAAGGAUUCAUUAAUGUACUAGAGCUGAACGAGAUCAACAACAUCCCAGCCAAUAAUAAGUCAAGGUUCUGCUUCAAUGCCACAGUGCUCUCCUUCCCAUUGGCUGAUUGCCACUGGAUUACUCCGGCUGGAGGGAGAGUUAAAUGCCAAGGAGAACAGCAGCUGUUAGAAGGAAAGAGCACUUCCCAACUGUGUGUCCAGGAGCCAGGCGCUUAUCAGCUGCAGCUGGAAAAUAGUGACACCAGUGUCACCAAACGUCUGUCUUUGUGUGUAACAGACACACCAACUUUGCAGCUUAGUCAAAAUGGUACUUCAGUGACCUGUGUGACCACCAGCUCGCAACCAUGGAACCUGACCUGGAAAACAUGCCAGUUCCUACCUGAUUGCCAGAAUUCCUCUUUCUGGGAAGAGAGGCCCCCCGAAACUCUUCCUGAGCAUUCCGACUCUGAGCAGUACUGUCACAAGACGAUCGUGAGCUCAGUCCCGUACAAAGAUGUGCAAGGCCACCAGCUGCGAUGCUGCCUCCGAAACCAAGCCGGCAAGCAGUGCAGUGAUCAGAUUCUCAUCGAGGGCUAUCUGCCACCUCAGGCUGUACAUGUCCCAGAAUCCUCAAAUACCCCUUUCCUCGUGGGUGUUUUGUUUAUGCUGGUGGUGAUCAUCGUCCUGGUCACCACGUUACUCUUGUCUUGCGUCAGGAAUAAGAAACCAGCGUACCAGAGCCAGCUGCAGAUGAUUCAGAUGGUCGGCCCCGCGGACAAUGAUUACAUCUACAUUGACUUUAAAGACUUCAAGUAUGAUCAGAAAUGGGAGUUCCCUCGAGAAAACCUUGAACUAGGGAAAGAGCUGGGUUCCGGAGCCUUUGGUAUGGUGGUACAGGCCACCGCCUACGGGAUCACCAAGCCAGGGGUCUCCAUGCAGGUGGCCGUCAAAAUGCUCAAAGACAAACAUCAGGCAGUAGAGCGGGAUGCCCUGGUGUCGGAACUGAAUAUGCUAACUUACAUUGGGCACCAUUCCAAUAUUGUUAACCUGCUGGGAGCUUGCACAUCCGCAGGGCCCACCUACCUAAUCUUUCAGUACUGCUGCAAUGGGGACCUCCUGAACUACCUGAAAGACAACAGAGAACGCUUCCACAAGUGUCUGGCAGACGCAAUUACCAAAGAUCGCUUCACCAGCCUGUACCAUAACUACCAGCCAAAGCAAAACACCAGUGACUAUCAGCACCCGGUCAGUCCGUAUGUCCCAAUGUCUCCGGUGAAGAACCAGGAAUUUGUGCCUCUCCUCGGCCAAACCCCAGCCUCCGUGGAGAUUUCUGAAGCUGAUCUAGGAAGUUUUCACGUGGAAGAUGCGUUUGAUGACUCCGAUGACCUUCAGCAAGAAGACCUACAGGCUCUAACCUAUGGCGACCUUCUCUCCUUCUCUUACCAAGUGGCCAAAGGAAUGGCGUUUCUGUCCUCCAAGAAUUGCCUUCAUCGUGACCUGGCAGCCAGGAACGUGUUGGUGACACGGGGCCGACUUGUGAAGAUUGGGGACUUUGGCCUUGCCCGAGAUAUUGACAAUGACUCCAACUACGUUGUGAGAGGCAAUGCGCGUCUCCCAGUGAAGUGGAUGGCCCCCGAGAGCAUCUUCAAGGGGAUGUACACCAUGCAGAGCGACGUCUGGGCCUACGGCAUUCUGCUGUGGGAGAUCUUCUCUCUGGGUGUAACCCCCUAUCCUGGUAUGAAGGUGGACGGCCAUUUCUACAAUUUGUUAGAGCGAGGAUUCCAGAUGGAACAGCCAUACUAUGCAAGCAAGUCUGUGUAUCAGGUGAUGCAGCGUUGCUGGGCCCUGGAGCCUCAGGAUAGGCCGUGCUUCUCCAAACUGGUGGUGUUCAUGGAGAACGAGCUGGCUGACAUGGAGGAGAAGAUUUACCUUAAUGUUGAAGAACAGAACAACAAUAGCUUUGUGUACCAGAACAUUGCGGAUGUGGCUAAAGACUCUGAGCAUUUUCAAAUGUCUCAGAGUAAGAACAUUACAGACGAGAAGGCUGUGGAAUCAUUAGACUCCACUGUCAAAGAAACAUGAACUCAAUUACAUAAGCUUUAGCAAAGUCAGAAUAAAGCAUACUCCUGUUUAUAAAAAUAUACCAUAUAUGUCAUUUGUAUAUGACAAUAGUCUGACAGCAAUCUGCACUUUUUUCUCAAACUACUGCAUGGUAUGUAACAGUAUUACAGUGAAAAUGGGACUUUCAUAUUGUAAAAUUUAAUAUUAUUAUAUGUUGUUGUUAUAAUAUAUAAAUAUAUAAUGUUAUUAUACGUAUGUAUGUCAAAAACAAUGUCAUAUUUUUGUCACGUGUGUUUGAUUAUAUAAGGCCAUAAAUGAAAAGGUCUGAUUAUUCCAUUACUUUUAUUUCUACUAACCCUUUUUAUUUUUUUUUAUUUUUUUAUAUGCCGCCUUACUAAAAUGUUUUUUGUAUAGAAAGAUUCCUACUUUAGAAACAUUGUUUAAGAAAUGCUUAGGAAAUGCAGUGAAUAUAUAUACCUUAGGGCAAAAGAGGGUUUGGUUUUGAAUGUUUCUACUAGAUACUACUUGAUUGUGUAUCUUUUUUAAUUUAUUCUCUUUUUGGCACAAAUGUUGAAAGGUACAUUUGAAUGAGACAAUCUGAGGUGUAGAUGCUCAGGCUUGAUGCAUUUACUUUUCAUUUAGAGAAAAUCUGAGAUUAUGAUAUUUCACAGUAUUGUUUAUGUAUAUAUGAGUCAGUAUGCUUCAGUCAGACUGUUCAGUCCAGGACCUCUGUUUGCAGUGUGCAGCGCUAGUACCCAUUUUGUUGAUCAUUUCCAUAUAAACACGUAUGGUUGUGUAUAAGCUAUAUGAGAUACAGAAGUUGUUGCUAAGAGAAUUAAACAUAUUUUCUAUUACCA